UCUUUAUGAAGAAUUAUAGUCAUAUGCUUUUCGUUUUAAAAAUUUGAUUCUCCGGUGAUUUUUCCUUCUGCGGGGAAGGCAUUUAUUAUAAGACCCCAAUUCAAAGUUGGGGUCUUUCCCUUUCUCUCUCAGUCAUGGCACCUGCCAAGGUUUCUGGGUUUCAUAGACAAGGAAAUGACUGGUUUUGCAAUGCAGGGUUGCCAAGUGAUAUAACCAUUAUUGUGGAUGGUAUAAACUUUCAUCUUCAUAAGUUUCCUCUUGUGUCAAAAUGUGGGAAGAUAGCUUCCAUCUUUGAAGAACACCAGAGUGCCGAUGAUAAUUCUUUUACCACACAGCUUGAAGAAUUCCCUGGUGGCCCAGACAUUUUCUUGUUUGCAGCAAAAUUCUGCUAUGGCAUUCGGGUUGAAUUUACAGCAAGAAAUAUGAUGUCAGUGUACUGUGCAGCAGACUACCUUGAGAUGACAGAUGAGUAUGGGGAAGAUAAUUUACUUUCCAAGGCAGAAAGUUUCUUCCAUAAAAAUGUACUCCGCAACUGGAAGGAUUGUAUAUUGGCUUUACAAAGUUCUGAAUCAUGCAUGCCAAGGGCAGAGAAGCUCCACAUAGUACAGAAAUGUUUGAAUGCUGUAUCUAUGAUGGCUUGUACAGAUCCUAGUUUGUUUGGUUGGCCCAUGAUGAUGUAUGGUAGCCUACAGAGCCCAGGUGGAAGCAUUCUAUGGAAUGGAAUAAACACUGGGGCGAGAAUACGAAGCGCAGAAUCUGACUGGUGGUUUGAAGACAUCUCAUAUUUCAGUGUAGGUUUAUUUGAAAGACUUAUCAGAACAAUGGAAGCAAGAGGCAUAAGACCUGAACAUCUAGCAGGUGCUAUAAUGUACUAUGCAAGAAAGCACCUACCAGGUUUGGGCCGAUGGCACAGCACACAGAGUGGCAAAGCGAGGACAGUGGCGAGUUUUAGCUUGACCCCUGCCACUGUUGAUCAGAAGGUUUUACUGGAAAGCAUUGAAAGGCUUCUCCCAAAAAAGAAGGGCAAGUCCUUCUGCCGUUUUUUACUUGGACUUCUUCGUGUUGCAUUGAUACUAGGUGUAAAUCAAACAUGCCAGGAUUCAUUGGAGAGGAGAAUAGGGAUGCAACUGGAACUGGCUAGCCUAGAUGGUCUUUUAAUUCCUUCUUACUCCGAUUCUGAUACUCUAUAUAAUACUGAUUGUGUUGAACGGAUCAUCCAUCAUUUUGUGUCCUCAGAAUCAGGGUUAACAUUAUUUUCACCACCAUCAUUGGACCUAGAAACAUCACCAUCAUCAGAGCCCUUAAGAAAAGUUGCUAGAUUAAUAGAUAGUUAUCUUGCAGAAGUUGCUUCUGAUGUAAAUUUGAAACCAGGAAAGAUACGAUCUCUUGCAGAGGUCCUUCCAGAAUCUUCAAGACCUUUGCAUGAUGGGCUAUACAGAGCACUGGAUAUUUAUUUCAAGGCACACCCUUGGCUUUCUGAUAGAGAGAAGGAAGAACUUUGCAACAUCAUUGACUACCAGAAACUCUCUGUUGAUGCCUGUGCCCAUGCUUCCCAAAAUGAAAGACUUCCACUUAGAGUCAUUCUGCAAGUCUUGUUCUUUGAGCAGAUGCACUUAAGAACUGCGCUAGCUGGCUGUCUGAAUGUUUUGGAAGCUGAAAGUGCUCCUACAGGUCAUGGGACUGCCACAGCAGAGAUGGCUGGUCAUGUGACUGCCACAAGUGAGACAGCCGGCCAGAUAGUGCAAAGAGAUGGAUGGGUGACAGUUGUACGUGAAAACCGAGUUUUAAAGGUGGAUAUGGAAAAGAUGAGGUCUAGAGUUGGGGAACUUGAAGAGGAAUUUAGUAAAAUAAAGCAAGAAAUGAAAAGGGUGACAAAAUCACAUAGCUCUCUGAGUUCCCCUCGCAUAGGUGGUAGAAAAUUCGGAUGCAAGCUUCUUCCACGAUCCUCAGAUGCUCAAACAGAUGUUGUUGGAAGCACAGGACCAACUCCAAGAUCAUCAGUCGAGCAAGCUUGUCCUUCCCAUCAUUCCAAGCAUCGAAAAAGUUUCUCCUUGUUUUGAUAGUUAACACAUGGAAACUAACAUCCAUGUUUCGACAUAUAAACAGUGGGUGGGUGCUAUCUCAAAAGUCACUCCAAAAGAAAAAGAUUGUCUUGUGUUGUACAGGAAAUAGGUUUGAAAUGUGUGAAGAAAAAAGAAAAAGAUUCAUAUAACCUACAAUUUUGGUGUUACACUUUUCUAAUUGUGAAAUCUUGACCAUUCAUGAUUUUGGGGUUCAUUAAGGUUUAAUGUGGUGGCAUAUUUUCAUGAAUGGUCAAGAUUUCAUGUGAUGUAGAAUUGUAGGAAAUAGGAUUGUAGGUGAUAUGAACCUUUAACACACUCUUCUUUUGAGUUCAUUGAUUGGAUGGGUUGUAUCCAUUAAGGAUACUGAAUAUGUGAGCCUGAUCCCUCCUUGUCGUGGGGCUUAAGGAGUGUGCCCUACAUGGUUUGGGUUGGAGCCAUCAUAGCAGCAAAUAGGUCUCUUUUUCCCUUCCCUGUUAGAGGAAUCUUGUAAUUAUUGUUUUUAGUCUUCAUCUUUCCUUUACCAUUCCAUUGGUUUACACAUGUAUAGCUCUGUGAAUCAAGUUGUAAGUUUGUUUAAACAUUCAGUAAAUAUCAAGACAUUCAAGUUACUAUU